AAUACACAUAGCAGUGGGAUUUGUUUGGCAUGCCCUCAUCAUUCACAUCAAAACCCUCAUUACCAACAAACAAUUGCUUUGAUUUCUGUGACUACUAAUUUAACACAAAUUCUUCUGCUCUCUCUCUGUCCAAACACACACACACACACACACACACUUUGAGUAUAUGUAUAUAUAUAUACGGCGGCAGUAUAUGCCAAAAGGCUAACAACAUCAAUUGUGUGUCACCACAAAAGAAGAUCAACUUGUUCAAGCUGGACCAAAUCAGAUCACACACACACACACAAAUAUCUGAUUUUCCAACUUCAUCACACUCUUCCUGGUGGGGAGAAAUAUAUAUUCACAACAAGAAUAUAUCAAUCAAACCAACACAAAAUAUAUCUUAGGUUUCAAGAAUCAGAUUUUAUGAAUCAGUUCGACAAGGAAUACAUGAAAAUGGCCAUGCUCAAGCACGAGGAAACAUUUCGAGAGCAGGUUUAUGAGCUCCAUCGCCUGUAUCGAAUACAGAAAAUGCUGAUGAAAGACAUGGCAAAAAACGCGCGAAUGGAUAGGAGUAGCACCACGACUAGUAUAACGUUUAACGGGCCGGAGCCAAGGCCCGAACGGGCCGUGGAGCCGGUUGGAAAAUGUGGAGUUCCGGAGAUGGGAUACGAUGAUCAGACCGAUCUUGAGCUGACUUUGGGCCCGAGAAGUUUCUACGAGAAGAAAGUGUCCGGGCCGACAACGGGGUCGAGAAGCCCGUCAUUAAAAUGGGGGCCCGAGACUCCGGUUUCGAAUAGCCCGCCCUGGCUAUUCCAUGCCCUCAGUCUAAAUAUGACAUGAUCAUAAUUUUCAUCUUAAUUAUCAUAAGUAGGAGUAAUUUGUUACUAUUACAUGUACUGAUGAUUCUCAUGUCAAUUAAUGUUGAUUGUAAUUGGAUUUCAAUUUUAAGAAAUCUUAUUUAGUUCUCAUUUACUA